AUGUCUAGAGAAAGCGACGAUAACAAGGUAAGUUUUGAUCCGAUGUUUUACUCUGUUAUAAUUCAAAGAAACUCGGUAAAACAGUAAACUUAUUUUGGUUGGUUAUAAAGAAGAUCUAAAGGAUUAUUAGUCUACUAAUCGAUUCUUUUCUGACCUAUAAUAAAAUUUUCAAACUUUUCUUGAGUUUUAAUUUUCAGCUUCGUAAAAAAGAGUCGAUUAAUUCAGCGGAAUCCGCGAAUAGACAAGGCAGAACUAAGAGGUCCAAGUCAACUUCGCGGCCCAAAAAGUCUGUUAAAGGUACGUUUUUUACAUUUUUUAUAAAUUAUAAUUUUUUAAAGACACUUAAAAUUGACAAUUGAAACGAGCGCGCAUUUCAACAUUCAAAAAUUAUUUUCUCGAAUUUUUUAUUUUUCGCGGCAAGUUUAUUUUCUCCAGUGUAACUUAUCGUUGUUUUUAUCAAUUUGUUUAUCGUGACUUGUUUUAUAUUAUUUGUUAGUCUUUAAACUUUACAUCACAAUAUUAUUUUAGAAUCAGACGAUGAAGUGUCAAAAACAUCAAGGAAAGACCGGAAACCGAAGAAAGGUUCAAAGGACACCAUCAAGAAAAAGGUGGUAAAUAUUUAG